AUGAAGUUCUACAUCGAUGAGCUCCCCGUGCUCUUCCCUUACCCCAAAAUCUAUCCGGAGCAGUAUGCGUACAUGACUGAUCUCAAACGCACGCUCGAUGCCAACGGUCACUGUGUUCUAGAGAUGCCUUCAGGCACCGGCAAAACCGUCUCGCUUCUCAGUCUCAUCGUAUCCUACCAGCAGUUCCAUCCUGCCAAGCGCAAGCUCAUCUACUGCUCGCGUACGGUUCCUGAGAUCGAAAAGGCUCUAGCAGAGCUGAAGCGUUUGAUGGAGUACAGGGCGAGGUACAAUGUCCAACAAGACCAGGCUUCCGGGGUGCUCAAGAAGGAGAGCCAAAGCAGUGACCGUCCUGGAGAGCACAACAUCGAGAUGAACGGCAAGGGAAAUACUGGAUCGCAGAUGGAGGACAUCCUCGCCUUAGGCCUCAGUUCGCGUAAAAAUCUCUGCAUCCAUCCAGAUGUCAGUCGUGAGCGCAAGGGCAAGGUCGUCGAUGCCAGGUGUAGGGACAUGACCAGCAGUUGGGCCUGCGAAAAGGGCCGUCAAGAUCCUGGUAGCGUCGAACUCUGCAAUUUUCACGAAGAGCUCGGCAAGAUGGAACCGGGUCAACUUAUCCCACAAGGCGUCUGGACACUCGAAGAAGUCAAAGAGUACGCUCGCGAAAAGGCGAUAUGUCCUUACUUUGCCAUCCGACGCAUGAUGCCCUUCGUCGACAUUAUUAUCUACAGCUUCCACUACCUGCUCGAUCCCAAGGUCGCCGAGCAGGUCAGUAAAGAGAUGAGCAAGGAUGCCAUCGUCGUGUUCGACGAGGCGCACAACAUAGACAAUGUAUGCAUCGAGUCUCUUUCCAUCGACCUCACACGGCCCAUGCUCGACAGCGCAUAUCGAAGCAUCAAUCAACUCUCGGAACGUGUCGACGAAAUUAAAAAGACGGACGCAUCCAAGCUACAGGACGAAUAUGCGCGUCUGGUCGAGGGCUUGCAACAACAAGGCGAGCAGAGGGAAGCCGAGUCUUUCAUGGCCAACCCCGUUCUACCAGACGAUCUCUUACAAGAAGCUGUGCCGGGCAACAUUCGUCGAGCCGAACACUUUGUUGCCUUCUUGAAGCGCUUUGUCGAGUACCUAAAAACACGCAUGCGCGUCCUGCACGUCGUCGCCGAGACUCCAGCGAGCUUCCUGCAGCACUUGAAGGACAUUACCUACAUUGAGCGCAAACCGCUCCGCUUUUGUGCCGAACGACUCCGCAUGCUCGUAGGCACGCUCGAACUCACUCGUCUCGAUGAAUUUUCGGCGUUGCAAAAAGUGGCAGCAUUUGCGACGCUCGUAGCCACCUACGACAAAGGCUUCCUGCUCAUCCUCGAACCCUUUGAAACCGAAAACGCUACCGUGCCCAAUCCAAUCUUCCAUUUCACAUGUUUGGACGCCAGUCUCGCCAUCGCGCCAGUCUUUGAACGCUUCUCGAGCGUCAUUAUCACUAGUGGAACCAUUAGUCCGCUCGACAUGUACCCCAAGAUGCUCAAAUUCGACGCCAUUGUGCAGGAGUCGUACGCCAUGACGCUCACUCGCCAGUGUUUUCUGCCGCUCGUCAUCACGAGAGGAAGCGACCAGGUGGCCAUCAGUUCGCGCUUCGAGGUGCGUAACGAUCCAGCUGUGGUGCGCAACUAUGGCAGCAUCCUCAUCGAGUAUGCGAAAUGCGUUCCGGACGGCAUUGUCGCCUUCUUCCCCUCCUAUCUGUACAUGGAGAGCAUCGUGGCCGCGUGGCACGACAUGGGCAUUCUCGAUGAAGUGUGGAAGUACAAGCUCAUCUUUAUCGAAACACCCGACGCCCCCGAGACGAGUAUUGCGCUGGAAAACUACCGUCGGGCAUGCGACAACGGUCGAGGUGCGAUUCUGCUCUCGGUCGCUAGAGGUAAAGUGUCUGAGGGUAUCGAUUUCGAUCACAACUACGGACGCGCGGUGAUCAUGUUCGGUGUGCCGUACCAGUACACCGAGUCGCGCAUCCUAAAGGCGCGAUUGGAGUUUUUGCGCGACAACUUUCGAAUUCGCGAAAACGACUUUUUGACUUUUGACGCCAUGCGACACGCGGCGCAGUGCGUAGGACGUGUGUUGCGAGGUAAGACCGACUACGGUCUUAUGGUGUUUGCCGAUAAACGAUUCGCACGUGCCGACAAGCGCAACAAGUUGCCCAAGUGGAUCGCACAGUAUAUCAAGGAAACCCAUUCGAAUCUAUCCACGGAUAUGGCCAUCGUAGAGUCAAAGCUUUUCAUCCGGUCCAUGGCGCAACCCUACCCCGAAGGCAAGAACGGCGUCAGCUUGUGGGAGUUGGCCGAUAUCGAGUCUAGGCAGGCCAAAGAGAGGGAGACGUUUGCCAAGCUCAUGCGCGGUCAGCUCACGGUGGACGCCAGUGGACAAGUGGUGGGCAAGGACGAUACUGAUUCGGAUACGCAUGUGGUCGAGCGUGAUAGGCAGGACGAGGAUGACGAUUUCGAUAGGGAGUUUGGCGAGGGCGACGAGUUGGUUCAGAUGGACGUCGAUUCGGUGAUCCAGCAGGCGUAA